UUCCCGGUGCGGACGUGCGUUGAGCGGUGGAAAUUCUCGAACACGUUGCGAACACGAACCGAAGGAAAGAAAGUAUCAUAAUAGUUUCGUUCGUUGUAACACUCGGUUCUUUGCGGUGUUUCGGUUUUUGCACUCUAAUUUCAUUAGCCGGAAAGCAGCGCGGGGAAAUGUCCACCGGGCAGGGCAAAUAAUCCGGAGGCAGAUAAAGAAGAAGGAGCCAAUGAACUUGCGGACAACUUGAGACGACCACGAGGAGGAGGAGGAGCAGAAGGAGGAGGAGCAGCAGGACCAGGAGUAGCCCCUUGGGCGGUCAAGGAACCAUGGGCGACCUGCAGGCCACCAUCGAAUUCUCCGUGGAGCUGCACAAGUUCUUCAAUGUGGAUUUGUUUCAGCGCGGACUCUACCAGGUGCGCUGUGGCCUGCGUGUCUCGCCCCGUUUACCCGUGCAGGUGGAGACGAGCAUUCCGGAAGCGAGCGGAAGCGGCAAACAGAACGGACACGCGAACGGGGGCACCGCCGACCAUGGAACCCAGAGCAGUGACAGCGAGAGGGGGGAGCAGCUGUCGCCGGGGGAAGUGCCACGCCUCCUCGAGGCCCCACCGGGGGGCAGCUGCACUUCCGCCUCGGUUAUCAACGGCAGCGGUGCAUCGCGCAUCUUCCAGAUACUCUACCGCAAUGAAGAGGUUCCGCUGCGCGACAUCAUCCACUUUCGGAGCCAUUUGCUAGUUGACAGUCGUCACCUGAAGGAGUCCAUUGAACGGGCCGAGUUUUCACUGCAGUUGGAGCUCUGGUUUGGCGAGCAGAACGGGACGAGCGGAAUGAAUGGCAAUGGAAACGGGAGUGGGAUGGGCAGCUUCUCCGGAUCUGGCAGUUCCACGUUGACACUGGCCUCCACCAGGAACCUGCAGCUGAACUUCCAUCCGGGACGUGGCCUUCAUUACCAUCUGCCGGUGCUGUUCGACUACUUCCACUUGGCGGCCAUCAGUGUGGGCAUCCAUGCCAGCCUCGUGGCCCUCCACCAGCCCUACAUCAAGAAAAGCAAGUUCUCGUAUAUGAAAUUCUGUGCGCCUCGCAGUUCGAAGCCCUGGAGUGCGGGAAAGUUGAGCUGCAGGGGAAACACCUCGCCGGGACCCUUGGAAGCGGUGUUCUUUGGACCCCAGAUAGGUGGCACCACCAAGUGCAGCGGUGGACCCGCGGGCAGGCUGCUCCAAUCCCGAGCGAUUCAUCGAGAGAUCUGCUGUUUGCUCCUGGGAGCCAUUGAGCAACUGAAGGCCACGCUAAAUGAGUUUAGUACAGUGUUACCUCCGAGUAUAAACUCCCAGAUUGGAUCACCUCCGCUCAGGGAAAACGACACGGCAGAAAGGCUUCAACUUUUGCUGGAUCAGGCGAAGCAACUGGAGGCGGAGGAGGACUUCGCCAUAAGGGCCAAUUCGGACAUAGCCCAAUUGUGUGCGGAGAGCAUUUUCUGGUGGCGCAGGGUCCUCCUGGCCUCCAGAUCCUCGACGGCCGUGCACACGCUGCUGGCCAGGAAGCAUCAUAUACUUCGAGUGCGUAGAUUUGCCGAAGGUUUCUUUGUGCUGGAGCAACCGCGUCAUGCGGCGGCAGCUGGUGGCCAGGAUCAAACGAAUGGAUCACCCUCACCAGGUCACUGUCAGGGAUACGUGGCCAUAGCGGAGCUGGCCAGGAGGAGUCGCUAUCUGCAGUCCCUGCCGCCGCUUCCCGUUCACUGUACACCAAUCGAUGGCGAUGCCUCCUCAUUGCCGUUGAUCUUCGAGGAUCGCUAUGUGACUCCGGGCAGCAGUUAUUCCCGAAGAAGAUCCGGUAGUGAUCCCCAGCUGGAUGAAACGAUCUCCGUGGUGGGUGGCCAGAAGAAGAAGGUGGACAAAACGCACUCGAGCAGUAGUUUGAAUGGCAUUAAAGAUUGCCUGGCCUGCCACUUUGACUAUGAUUAUCCACAGACCAAUGGCUCGGGUCCAGCUCAUCCGCAUGCCAAAUGUGUGAUCACGCCGAGAUUCGCUUUGGGCGGCGAGGUGCUCCAGGCGAGUCUCACCAUUGCGCCCAGCAAGGAAGCACCUGCUGAGGUAAUCGCUGCUCCCUCACUGCGUCACAAUCUAUCCAGGCACUCGGUCACGGGUUUGCUGGAGGAUCUCGAUCUGGAUUCGAGUGUGCCAGCGCGACACAGUAAGUCCCUGGAUCAACUUGAUGGUUGCGACGGACUAAUCACGAAUCCAGCGACAACGACUAACAACCAUACGCUACCCCGACUCCAAGCAGACGAUCUGAUGAGGAACAUAUGUGAGUUUCGUCAGAGAUAUGGGAAAUUCGACUACCUGCACGAGAUCAAGCUGCUGAAUCCUCCCAAGCAACAGCAACCGGUUGUUCAGCAACAGCAACAGCAGUGUACCAAUGGCUACAACUCCCUGCCCAAGUCGAUGGUUCCGCCGAGGAACUCCUAUCCACCACCUCCGCCGAGUCAGCACACCACCAUGCCGAGGAGUAGUUCCUCGCAAAUCCCGCGAGCUGUGGAGAUUGCUCGGGUCAGGGUCUCCGAUAUCAAGGAGAUGCUGAGGCAGGGCCAACUGAGGAAGGAGUCCAGCAGUUCCGAGAGCGACAUGAUGCAGAAACUCCAGAUGCUUAGUUCGAAUAGUGUUCCCUUUCGCUUGGAGGGAGCUGGAAAUGGAAAUGGAACCAGUAAUAACAACACCACCAGCAGUGAUCCCAACACCAGUGGGUUCAGUGAGUCCCUGCCUAAUCUGGCUCCCCCACCGGAAUUCGAUUCCGAUUCUCAGUUGAGGCGACAGCGGAGCAACUCCACCUCGUCGCUGAGCGAGGAGAGUGGCUGGGUGAGCAGUCGGAGGAGCUCACUGGCCAUCUCCAGUCCGGAUACCAUUACCAGCACAGGUUUAACCAACCGACAGAGGCACACGCAACUCAAUUUGGGAAUGGGUAUGGCCAUGGAGACCCGUCUAAAUGGCGAGCAGCUGAGAUUACGUCUGCAGAAGGUCCUGGAACAGCAGCAGCUCCAGCAGCAACAUCCCCAUAAGACCCGGAAAAGACAGGCCGCCGGAGUAGGAUCCUCCAGUCAAAGUAGAACUCCAGCUCGCCAGCAGACCGACGUUCACAAGAAGAUCUCAUCGGUGACUGUUAAUGUGAAACGGGAGCGUUCGCGCUUCCAGUUGGAUAGACUGCGUCACCUGCCCAAUGGUGAGUCCACGGAGGUGGAGGAGAUGGAGCCACCGCCGCGCAGGAAUCGCCACAAGACUGCCUCUGCCACCAAGUGCGAGAAAUCCAAGUCGGAUUUCGAUAUAACGAGUCUGAAGGACAUGCAGCCAUUGGAUGCGGUGUGCCUGCCACCUCCUCAGCAGUUUCAGGAUCAAGAGCAGGAGCUAGCUCUGACCUUGGCUCCUCCGCCACCCGAUGAGUUCCGUGAUCCGCCACCAGAACCGGCGCCCACAGCUCCUUUGGCACCUGUCCCCCUGCCAGUUACUGUUACCGUUCCUGCUCCGGCUGCACUUCCUCCUACGGGAAAAGCCAAGUUGGUCUCCUGCCAUCUGCCACCGCCUCUAAAGGAACGCCAGCCCGUGGGUGCCAUCGAUAAUCCAGUGUACCACAUCUACGAGUCACUGCGCCCCAUCUCCACGCCGGCCAUCUUCAGCAAUAAGCCUGUACUGAAAUCCCACAGCUUGGCGGAGUUAAAACGGCCACAGAAUCUACCGAAUCCCCUAAGCCACCAAUGCAAAUCCCAUGCGAUUAAUGGUAAUGGCGUGGAGAAUGGUUUGGACCACGAACAGGAUGAAAACAAGGAGAACUCCAAUGGCCAGGUGAGAGGAACGAAGCAGACACAUAGUGCUAGUACCAUCUCCAAGCACAAGCGGAAGGGUCCGGUGUCCUCCGCCGUCCAGGAGGCACCUCCCAGCAUCUCCCUACUGGAGUUCGAGAAGUAUCGCGAGGAGUUCCGAAAGCAGAUCAAAUACCAGGGUACCAUAUACUCCGAUUACGUACAGCUGGCCUCGGAGCUCCCAUACUUCUACAUCAGUGACGAGUACCGUGCAUUUUCUCCCAACGGAAUGCACCUGGUCAUCUGUGUCCACGGGUUGGAUGGCAACUCGGCGGAUCUGAGGCUGGUGCGCACCUAUCUGGAACUGGGAUUACCCGGUGUAAAUCUUGAGUUUCUCAUGUCGGAGAGAAAUCAGGGAGACACAUUCUCAGACUUUGACACCAUGACUGAUCGGCUGGUAACCGAGAUACUCUACCAUAUCGAUAGCUGCGCUUUGAAUCCCGCUCGAAUAUCGUUUGUGGCCCACUCCUUGGGCACGAUCAUAGUGAGGAGUGCGUUGGCCAGGCCCCAGAUGAGACCCCUGCUCCCGCGUCUGCACACCUUCCUCUCGCUGUCGGGACCUCAUCUGGGCACCCUCUACAACACCAGUGGAUUGGUCAACAUGGGCAUGUGGUUCAUGCAAAAGUGGAAAAAGUCCGGAUCCCUGCUGCAGCUUUGUAUGCGGGAUACCACCGACAUGCGGAAUUGUUUCCUGUACAGGCUGAGCCAAAGGAGCACCCUGCAUCAUUUCAAGAACAUUCUGCUCUGUGGAUCCAGCCAGGAUCGCUAUGUUCCAGCGCACUCGGCCCGAUUGGAACUUUGCAAGGCGGCCAUGAGGGACAGUUCCUCGUUGGGCACUAUUUACAGGGAAAUGGUGCACAAUAUAAUCGCUCCGAUUUUGGCCAGGCCGGAACUGACUUUGGCCCGCUUUGAUGUCCAUCAUGCCCUGCCUCAUACGGCCAACACUCUAAUUGGUCGUGCGGCUCACAUUGCAGUCCUGGAUUCGGAGUUAUUUAUUGAGAAAUUUAUGCUAAUCGCGGGACUCAAGUACUUCAGUUAACCAGAUCGCUGAACCAAAAAAACUGCUGACUUUUUAAUGGUCUUAUUAAAGUCCUAACGAGCUAGUCAAAAACAGAACAUAGUCGAAAGGGUGAACUACACACUUAGUAAAUAGAUUUAUUUUUAAAGAGGGACUUUGAUUUUCUUAAGAAACUAAAACUACAGGUCAAUAUUUUAUAAGUAUAAUAUGAUUACAUUUUUCGUUUUUAAUUUAUUUUAUUUUAUUAAUUUUAUUUUGUUCAAUUUAAUUUUAUUGCUUAAAUGUAAACUUUAAAUGUAUAUAUUUGACAUUAUUUUAAAUUUAAGAUAUACAGUUUUAUUAACUUGAACGUAUUUAACGUUAACUACAAUACUUUCUAAUUAAAAAACCUACUUAAAUACACAGGGUACUCAUAAAUCGAAUACAAACAAGAACCAGAGUCAUCAGAUCAGCCAACUGAUUCCAAUUGAUCUGCGAUUGGAACAAGGAAUUUAUUGAAACAAAUCGUUAGACUUGAAUUUUAUACAAAUGCAACUCUUUUGUAGCAAAUUGAUAUUCACACUCACACUAACAUACGAAAAAAUCAAAAAACAAAGAAUGUUUAAUCAAAAACCUAUAACCAAAACCAAUGGCAGCAUAACUGUCGAAAAAGUGUUAACGAUAAUUACAUUGUUUAGCUGUAAGAGUUAAGCGCAUACAAAGCAAAAAACAGAAGCCAAAGACAUCAUAAGUAGUGUUAAAUUCCAGUUCAAAACUAUAUAAGAAACUUUUUCGAAACGGUUGAAUUGAAUUGCAAAUGGAAAGUGAACGAAAACAAGAACGAUCAUGUUAAGUAUACGUAAACUAUCGAUAGUAGUUGAGCACGGGCAAGACAAGGUUGCAUUUUGAUGAAAGUAGCGAAAUAGUAUUAGCAAUUUUUAAGACUAAUCAAACACAAACAGAGACAAAAUGGUUUUUUCGAAAUCUUUUUACUGCUAGACAAGAGAACAAAUUUAGAAGAAGUAGAGAUAGAGUAGAGGUAGCGUUGAACUAGUCGAGUUGUUGGUAGCUGAGUGCAAUAUUGGAGCGCGUCAAUUAAGUUAAGAGCUCGACGACGAAGAGGUUUGCUUGCAGAUUUAGAUUUUUCAUUGGGAACAAGAUCGAUAACGUAGCGCAUAUAAAGCAGUUAGGACACAAAUUUGAAAAUUCGUAGUCUAGUCCUAGCCAUAACUCUAUGUUUUCUGAGCUUUUUCCAAUCGCUGUUGUGAACUACUAAUAUUUGUGACCCUACCAGAAAUUGCAUUCUUUAUAUGUGUAUAACCGUCCUAAAUGUAACUACUUUAUCAACUUGCUAAAGCGAAAACAAAACGUUUAACUGGUUUUAAAAUGUUUAUAUGCAUCCAAAACUUGAAUGUGUGUUGAAAUGUUUCCUUAGGCACUACGAUUUUACUAAAUGUAUUCCAUCAAAAUUGAGCAAAUUCCCCUAAGUUGCAAUUUAAAAUGUUUUCUUUUCGAAUAAAAUAUGCUAAAAUUCAAUUUUAGUGGAACAUAA